AUGGAUAAAUCUUGGAUUAAUGAAGAUAGGGAUACUUUGAAGUACCAAUUAGGUGUGGAGAAUUUUUUGAUUUUUGCUGAAGAAAAUGCUAGUAACCAUAAAAGAAUUCCUUGCCCUUGUUCAAGAUGUGUAAAUUUCAAAAAAAAGUCUAGUAAAGUGAUUAGGGGCCAUUUGUAUGAUUACGGCUUUUGUUUGAGCUACACAAGCUGGAUAUGGCAUGGAGAACCCUCUUUGUCCUCCUGUGGUAGUGCGCCUGGUGGUUUUGGGGCAGACCAAAACCAUCAAGUUGUGUCUGAAACUGUUGAUAUGUGUCAAGCAGCCUUUAAUGAGGGUGAUUAUGAUGAGGAGUCAUUUGAGUUUAAUAAGUUUGUUGAGGAUGCAGAGAGACCUUUAUUUGAAAAUAGUGAACGCACUAAGUUAGAUUCAUUGGUGCAACUUCAUAACUUGAAAGCUAGGUUCGGUAUGAGUGAUACUUGCUUUUCUGAGUUACUUUCCACUGUUGGGUCAUUGCUUCCUAAAGAUAAUGUACUCCCUCAAAGGCUAUAUGAGGCAAAGAAGACUCUCAGUAAUUUAGGGCUGCAAUAUGAGAAAAUUCAUGCAUGUCCUAAUGACUGCAUAUUGUAUAGGAAAGAGUUUUCCGUUGAGAUCACUUGUCCUAAGUGUGGUUUGUCUCGUUGGAAGCUAAAGAAGGAUAAAACUGUUAAAGUGGGGCAACCAGCGAAGGUGUUGUGGUAUUUUCCCAUAAUUCCUAGAUUCAAACGCUUGUUCAAAUCUGCCGACACUGCUGAAAUGCUUAAUUGGCAUGAGGACAAGCGAAUUAAGGAUGGACACAUGCGCCAUCCAGCGGAUUCUCCCGCAUGGAAGUUGGUAGAUUAUAAAUGGCCUGACUUUGCUGCAGAGUCAAUAAAUCUUCGGUUGGCUUUGUCAGCUGAUGGUAUUAAUCCACAUAGUUCUCUAAGUAGUAGGUAUAGUUGUUGGCCCGUAAUAUUGGUGACCUACAAUCUUCCUCCGUGGUUAUGUAUGAAGAGGAAGUUUAUGAUGUUAUCUCUAUUAAUAUCUGGUCCGAAACAACCGGGAAAUGACAUUGAUAUCUACUUGGAGCCUUUGAUUGAUGAUUUGCAAAGUUUGUGGCAAGGAGUUCAUGAUGUCUAUGACGCACACAGAAGAGAAUAUUUCUCACUAAGAGCUGUUUUAUUGUGGACCAUCAAUGACUUCCCCGCAUAUGGAAACUUAUCGGGAUGCACCACUAAAGGAUACAAAGCAUGUCCAAUUUGUGGUGACAAAACUUCAGCCACACAUUUGCCCCACAGUAGGAAAAUGUCUUAUAGCUGCCAUCGCAAGUACUUGCCACGUCAUCAUCCUUACCGGAGGCAGAAAAAAGCUUUUAAUAAUGAGCAAGAAUUUGAAGUUGCACCUGCACCGUUAUCCGGAGAGGAUGUGUUAAAGAGGGUAGAAGAUAUUAACUAUGAGUACGGAAAGGGAAAAAAGAAGAGGAACUCAGAUUCUACCUGUACUCCUUGGAAGAAAAAAUCCAUUUUUUUUAACUUGGAGUAUUGGAAAUCUCUUCAUGUUCGCCAUGCUCUCGAUGUAAUGCAUAUUGAGAAGAAUGUUUGUGAGAGUGUGAUAGGUACACUACUAAAUAUGCCUUCUAAAACAAAAGAUAGUGUGGCUGCCCGCUUAGAUAUGGUUGACAUAGGUGUUAGACUUGAUUUGGGUCCGGAUAUAGGGGAGAAAAAAACAUAUUUACCUGCUGCCCCUUACACUUUGUCAAGGGCAGAAAAGAUAAAGAUGUGUACUUCUUUCUUGUUUAUGAAAGUUCCUUAUGGUCAUUCAUCAAACAUAAAAAAUUUGGUAUCCAUGGAUGAUUUGAAGUUGUAUGGAUUGAAAUCCCAUGAUUGUCAUACUUUAAUGCAGCAAUUGCUUCCAGUGGCUAUUCGUUCGGUGCUUCCCAAGCAUGUUCGAAUAUCUAUAAUGAGGUUGUGCUUCUUCUUUAAUGCUUUGUGCACGAAAGUGGUUGAUGUGUCGAAGUUGGAUAAGUUGCAAUCUGAUUUGGUUUUGACCAUGUGUGAGCUAGAGAAGAUAUUUCCUCCCUCCUUUUUCAACAUAAUGGUUCAUCUCACUGUGCAUCUAGUUAGAGAAGUGCGAUUAUGUGGGCCUGUUUUCUAUAGAUGGAUGUACCCUUUUGAACGGUUCAUGAAAGUUUUGAAGGGGUAUGUUCGCAACCGUUUUCAUCCGGAAGGUUGUAUAGCCGAGAGUUAUGUUGGAGAAGAAUCUGUGGAGUUUUGCUCUGAGUUUGUUCACCAUUGUGAUCCAAUUGGAGUUCCUAAGGAUUCAAGUAAGUUGUGUGGACCACUUUCUAUUGCAAAACUAAAGUCCAUAGAUGAGAAAGAGAGAGACCAGGCACAUCUUCAUGUCCUAUCCAAUAAUGCUGAAGUGGAUCCGGCACAUAGAAAGAUUGUGGAGCAGUUGUACGGGGGGAAAAAUAAGAGUAAACAAUGGCUAUUAAGUGAGCACAAUCGUACUUUUGCAGAUUGGUUUCAAUCCAAGGUUUUAGCUGAAAUGAAGGAAAAUCGUAAUAAGGUUUCAGAAACAAUUAGGUGGCUAGCUGGAAAACCGAGUUUCAGAGUGUUUACUUAUGAAGGUUAUAUUUAUAAUGGAGUUAAGCACUUCACAAAGCUGCGAGAUGAGGCAAGAGCCGUCCAAAAUAGUGGGGUUUCCUUAUUGGCAAAGACGAUGCAGGUGUCUGGCGCUAAGGAUAAAAAUCCAGUGGAGAGUGAUAUGACUUUUUAUGGGGUUAUCGAAGAGAUAUGGGAGCUUGACUAUCAUGCUUUCAAAGCCCCAUUGUUUCUGUGUAAAUGGGCAGCGAAUGAAAAAGGAAUCAAACAAGAUGAGUUUGGUUUUACACUUGUUGAUCUUAAUCAUGAAGGCCAUAAAAAAGACAAGUUUGCUUCUGCUGGUCAAGUGAAGCAAGUAUUUUUUGUGGAAGAUCCACUUGAUUCCCGCUGGUCGGUUGUACUAACCACCCCAAAUAGAGACUAUCGGGAUUGUCUCUAUGAUGAUGAUCUAGGGGACACCACCUUGGAACAUCAACCAUUUUGUGCUGAAAUACCCCCUUGUGAUGAAGACGAGAAUGAGGCUGAUGCCACUUAUCUAAGAGAGAAUGUUGAGGGGUUUUGGGUCAACCAGUUCACUACUCCAAGAGAGCAUUAUUAG